UCAUUGAACGUCAGUGUCAAUAUGGCCGUAGGAGAGUGUGGUUAUGCUUACGUUAGUUUACGGUAGUGAACUUGCAAGUGAAUAUGAAGUGGCAUUCUUCAGUGUAAAAAAAAAUCUGUGUAAAUCUGUUUAUGUGAUUGAAUUUAUCAUCUCAAAAUAAAUAUAAAAGAGAAGAAAAAUUAAGAAUCAAGUAUGAAUUCAAUUGAAUUGAGAUCUGCGGUCCAGUCGGAUGCGUGCGCGACAGAAUUGCAGCAUACGGCUCAUGUCAAUGAAAAAAAUGAGCGAAAUAACACGAAGAAACCUAUGUUACCAGCGAUAGAUUUAUUUCCCUCGGUUUUUCAUUUUGAUUAUGCAAAUCAAUCUAAUAUGUCUUCUUUACUUGAAAAUAUGAAAUGCAUAAAAAGUAAUAUAAGUUCAACUAUUAAUGACUGCUACGAAAAGCCAAUGAAAGCAGCAUUAUUAAAGGAGUCCAUCCAUCAGGCCUUGAGUUGGAUUUUGAUGUCUUAUCGAAAUCUUCCAAAGGAUGAAAAUUCUUCAGCUUAUCUUGAAAGUAUGUCGGAUUUAUUAGCAAUGUACAUAGACAUGGAACUGAGAGCGUCUAAAAGAGGACAAGAACAAUUCAGUGCAAUUUCGACUCGACUAAUUUGUUGCCUUUAUACGUACCUUGAUAAUUCCACUGAUUAUAUGGUUGAUACUUUAAUCAAGAUUCGACACAUGAGUCAUUUAUUUCAUAUUAUUCUCGAUCCAAUUAUGGAGAAAAUUUUAAAAAAUAUUCCCCAACUACCAAAGCAGGAAAUAGUUUACGUGAGAUAUUUACUUGGUUUUCGAUUAUGGAAAAUGAUUAACAGCGAUUUAAUUGGAAAAAAACAAAUUCGACAAACUGCUGUUUCUUUAUUGGGAACGGCACCUUCAAAUUUACCCGAUUUUUUAACGAAUUAUUAUAAUAAUUGUUCUGGCUCACAAAUGAGAUCACCUCAAUUUUUAAUGAAACACAAAUUUGACGUGAAAGCAUGUUGCACUGAUUUUAUUAAUUUUUGCAAGAGAGAAGCAGAAAAUUGUCCUCGCGCUGAUGAAAAAAUAAAUCAUCUUGAACGAGUACAAGAUCCACAGCAACAAGUGCACAGUGACGUCAUUGCCAAAGAAUCUAGUUCAAUUAAAAAAAUUUAUUCUUUAUCAGAAAAAAUUGUUAAUAAUGAAUCUAAUAAUAAAUCUUGUGCUUUGUUAGUUGAAAAUAGUGAUAAUAAUUUAAAUAAAUCUAAUCUUUCAAAUAAUUUAAAUAGAAUUUCAAUUAGCGAUGAUACCACGAGUAGUGUUUCAACAAAAGAAUCAAUUCAAUUUAUAAAGCCAUUAUCAAGGAGAAAAUUAAAAAAAUCCAAUGACAUUAUUAUUAUUGAUAUAACUGAUGAAGAUUCAGCACCGAAGAUAACAAGAAAGAAGAAUCGCAAAUUAAUUCCAUGGUUGGAAAAAGUGAAAAAACAAAAUUUACAAAGAUUAAAUGGAGAGAAAAAAGAGAAGAAAAAUGAUAAUAAUAAUUUAAUUGAAAUAAUGAAAUCGCCUGCUGAAGAAAUUCUCAAAUGUUUAUUAAUGGUAAACGAUGAUAAUGAUUGUGAACAAAAAAAAAUUGAAUCAAAUCUUUAUACAUCAUUUAAUUCAUGGAUUUCAUUUAAUAAUAAAAAUGAAAUUAUUGCUAUGGAUUAUUAUCAAUUUUUUGAUGAAGAAGCAAGUGAAGAUUCUUCAAAUUCUGAAAAAAUUAUCAUAUCUUCACCAAUAAUAACAGACUUAUCCAUAAAAUCAGUAUUAAAUAGUGAUAGAAUUAAUUCUAGUAAUAGUGACGAAUUAUUAACAGAUAAUGAAAAAUCAAAGAAUUUAAUUAAAAACGAAGAAGAAAAUAUGAUUUCAAGGCUCGAUGAUAAUACAAAGACUGAUUUGCAAGAAGAGGCUGUUUUGAAUAAUUUCGAAGGAAUGUCCAUUAUUAAUGAAGAACCAAUGAAUUCACAAUUAAAUGAAUCAAUUGAAGAAAAUAGAAAUAUUCCAUUGGAUUGUUCAGCAAAAAUUUCCAAUGAAUCAUCAUCAUCAAAAAUUUCAUCGGAAAAUUUAAAUUUUUCAAAUCGUACAUUAGAAUCAAAUAUAAUUGAUUUUUCCACAAAUACAAUGGAUGUAAAUUUACCCAAUCUUUUAGAUUCCCCAUCAUUAAAUCGUCCUUCAAAUAUUGUACAUACAAAUUUUUUUAAUUCAUCAAUAUUAGAAACAAAUUUUUCAUAUCGCGAUACAAAUUACAAUGAUUCGUCAAAUAUUGUUGAUUAUACAUUGCCAAAGGUUAAAUUAAAUAACAUUGAAAAUGAAACAAUUUAUUCAUCAUUUCAAGAAAAUGCCGAUGCAUUAUCUGUAUUGGCAUCUGUUUGUGCAGCGCAAAAAGGCAAUAAUAAUUCAACAAUAAAAGUCAAAGAUUACGCACGUUGGAAGGGAAAUUCUGAUAUUGAUCAAAAGGCAACUCUCAAUCAAUUCACAGACAAUAGUGACAGUCGAAUAGUGAACAUAUAUCCUGAAGAUGCAUUUGACAAAGUGGCCCUUCAAGUUGAAGUUAUUUCAACAAGCGAUGGAUUACAGGACAAUAUAACACAAUCAUUUCGUGAAACAUCAAAUGUUAUAUUAAAUGGCGAGACUGUUGUUUUAAUGCAAAAAUCACCAAACAGCAAUGUUUAUGUUAUAAAUAAGGCAAAGGAAAAUAAUAAAACCAGCGAUGACGAAACAUUUGACGAUGAAAAAAUAGAUGAUAACGAAACACAACACAAGGGUUUAAUGAUAAAAUCUGAAAUUGAUGAGAAAUUAUUGCGAAAUGAUGAUAGUAUUAAAAAAAAUGAAAUUAAAGAUAAAAAGAAUAAAAAUUUAUAUCGUCAAAAUGUUAAACAAGAAUUUAUUAAUUGUACCUGUGGUAUUCCAAAUUGUUCAUUAAUUUCUCAUGAUAAUUCACAAUUACCAUAUUUUUCCACAAAUCCCGAACUUUGUGUACCAUAUCACAAACAUGUUCCUCUAAAUUUACCAAUAAAUUCAUCAGCUACACGUUGUAAUUGUUUAGCAUGUACCUAUGAAGUUGUAACACAUUGUCAUCAAUAUAUUCAUCCAAAUACCGAGCCGACAUCAUUUAUUGAAAAUAAUUCAUACUUUAUUCAACAACAAACAUCUGCCGUCCAAGAGCACGAGAGAUCAAGAAUUUCAAAUUUAUACGACGAUCAAUUAUGUUUAAAAAUUGAAAAAACCAAAACAAUUGAUGAUAUUAGUAUGAAAUUUAAACCGGAAAUAAAAUAUCAACGUGAAAUAAAUAAUAAAUUACCACUUAAGAAAAGAUUGAAAGCAAUACAAAAACCCUACGAUAUGUCAAUAAAAAUGGAGAGAAAUAAUUAUUCAAUUGAAUUACAAUCAACAAAUGUUACACCACCGGAAAUUGGUGCAACUGUUGAAUUAACAACAACAAAGGAUAAUUCAUCAACAUCAACACAAUCAUCACCAAUUGAAAAUCGUCAUGAUAUUAGACGAGAUUAUGAUUAUCAUUAUCAAGAUGAUCAAAGUAAAGAUCAAAGAAGAUUGGCAAAUAGUCAAUUGAGCAAUGUGCCACAUUAUCAUGAUUCACGUUACCAAAGAGAUAUUAAAACAACAAAAGGGAAUUCACCAUUAAAACGAUUAUCAACAGCAACAGUAACGGCAACAACACCAAUUGUACAGGAGCAGACAAAUUGUAAAAAAGCUCGAAAAUCAACCAAAAAACAAACAAGAAGUUCGAGUAGAAAAAUUCCAAAAAUAAAUUAUAAUUAUUCUGAUGAAAAAGAUUUGGAUCCACCUUAUCCAAAACGAAAGAGAAGGAGAACCAGUCGAUGAUCAAUACUGCUUCCAAUGAAGAUUCACUGUUGUUGAAGAUCAAAGGAGACAACAUUGCUGAUUUUUCAGGCUGUGGUAUUUUUAAUUUGUAAAUAGAGUAGCGAAAAAAUGAAAAAAAACAAACUUGUAAAUAGUUUGAAGAAGAAAAAUUGUCACGACAAAACUAAACAUUUGAAGAUAACGCUCUGAAGAAAUUUAUUCAAAACAUUUUUUUUUUCAUCAUUUGAAGAAUCAUCAUUAUUUGAAGAUGAAGAAACUUGUCAUUCCGAAGAUCAUCACUGAAGAUAUCGUUUUAAUUGUUAAAAGAGUAAUUUUUUUUUUUAAAGAAAUACUUUUUUUUUUUAUUCGUUGCGGUGUAAAUUAUAUCUAAAUACGUAAAAAAAAACUUGUGCAUAAAAAAGUAUCUAUAGAUAUAGACUUUCGUCGUUUAUAUUUGAAAGUCGAAUUAACCUAUACUUUUUCGAAAGUCUGAAAAAAAAGAUAUUAAUAAAAUAUUUUGUAAAAAGAAAAGGGAAAAAAAAUCCUAUAAUGUAGUAAAUAUAUUUAUGCAAUUAGAGUUAUUUAAAUUAUAUGAAAAUAAAUUUAAUUUAAAUGCCAUUGAAUUCGAUUUUAUAUAAUCGAAUAUCAAUUUCCGGACAAAGUCGAAUUUCAACAGCUGGAUUAUUUUUCUAAGCUGUUUUAUUCUACGUUGACUUGUUUCAAGAUUUGAAAAACUGAAACAAGUUUUUGGAAUGAGAUCAAAAACAGUCAACAUUUUUUAAAGACUGAAGCCUAUUGUCAGGUUUUUAAGAAUAUAAGGGGGAAAGACCUGAAUUUCUAAGUCUCAGGAAUCGAAAAAAGUGAAAAUAAAAGGUGAAAUCAAUCACUUAUUUUGUGUUCAGAUUAAUUAGAUGUUAAAGAAAAACACGAAGAAUACCAUGCUAUUCAAUAAAAUGCCGUCAAUAAAACUUGCCAAAUAAAGCAGAUAAAUAUCAUACAAUUAGAUAAUUGUAAGCAACCGAAUACUAUAUAAAACAAUAGUCCAGUCAAAUAGUUCCGUGUUAAAAAAAAAAGUAAAUUCCCGAAAAAAAUGAUUGUAAUUAAUGAUAAAUCAAAAAAAAAAAAAAAAAAAAAAAACAAAAAAAAGAACAAAAAUUAGAUAGCAUGGCUACUUGACUAGUCAGCUUAAAAGUUAAAAAUGAUGUAUUCUUUGAAACAAAAAAAGAAAGAAAAAAAAAAUGCGCUUAUGAAUGAACAAAUAAUGAUAAUGAGAUCGAAACUGCAUGUAUACAUCCCCUACAAUUAUUUUUUUUGCACAAUAUUUUUAGAUAAAGGAAAGAAAUUUUUUUUUCUUUUCUCACCUUCACCCCCCCCCCCUUUUAAACCAUUCCAUUAAUUAAUUAUGUGCCAACUAAUGAUUUCUCAUGAAAUCUAUAAUUUAAAAACUAGUGAAAGAAAAUAGAAAAAAAAACCAUUUGUUUUAAUUGAACGGGUUUUUUUUUCAAAAAAAAUUUGCUCAGAAAAUUAAAUUUUAUUAAUUUAUGACGAUAUUUUUUUUUUAAGUUAAAUUACAAGUUUUAUAUAUAGUCAUAUCCCAAUACCUGAUCUCAAACCUGUGAUGACACUGAUAGCUAGCAGCUGUGCUCUAGCGAAAAAGAAUUUUUUUUUUUUUUUUUUUUAUUUAUACAAAAGAAAAAUUGCGAUGCUUAUUGUUUUUGACCUUUAUCAUUGCCAAAUACGUAACAAAAAAAAUCUUUGCUGGAAGUGUGUGUAUAAAAUUUUUUAAUUUUUCAUUUCAAAAAGAAAAGAUCUCCAUGUGUAAAAAAAAAAAAUUCACACUUCAAAAAGUGAAGAUAACGAGUGACCUUCCUUUAAUCUACGAAUUUAUAAUAAUUAAUUAAAAAAAAAAAAAAAAAUUAUAAUUAAUAAUAGACUGUAUUAUUAAUAAUUUUCUUUUUUCUCACUGAUUUUCAGUUAAUUAAAAGUCUGAUAGGUUUUAAGUUCAUUCACGUAAGACUAAAUUUGAAAAAAAUUAAGACUGGUCGAUUUUUAAUGAUCGUGUUAGAAAGAAAAAAAAAUUAGUAAAAAUUUUAAAAAAAAAUAUACGGAUUAUUUAGUGUACAAUAAAAGUCGACCAAUCGAAUAUUUUUCCUUUUUUUAUAAUAAAAAAAAAAAAAAAUUGAAUUUUAAUAUGGCAUGAACUUAAAUUAGAUUCGAAUCAAAAGUGUACUUUAACAUUAUUAUUAUUAUUGGAUAAAUUAAGUAACUCUAUUUAUUAAGAUUAAUUUUAUUGCGUGUAUUUGUGAAUUGUGUUGUACGAAUGUAUAAAAUAGAUAUUAAAUAAUAUGUUGAUUGAAAGGCUGAUACUUAAGGGAAAAAAAAAAAUUAUUUACCAUGAAAAUAAUUAUUAUAAAGAAGAAAAAAAAACAAAGCCUCCUUUAUUGUCUGUCAUUUGACAUUAUUGACAGUAAUAGAGUAUAAUGUGGCGAAAUUAAAAUUAUUUAUAAUAUUAAGAUCCCUACCACACGCUAUGUAUAAAGCAUUUGUUAUAUACUAUGAUUUAUAAUAUGAGAAAUAUAGUUAUCUUUACAUUAA